CUCUCUUACUCAUACUCUGCUUUUUCCCUCUUUCUUCUCUCACUCUUACUCUGUCUUUAGCCCCUCACUUCCUCUUCCAACACCGAAAUCAACUAAACCCUAAAUUUCUUCAGCUCAAUUUCUCUCUUUUUUUCAAUCUCUCACAAAUGCACGAGCUUCUCUUUGUAAGAUCGUGAAAAACUCGAUCUUCUUUGCUGUUUUCUAAUAAUAAAGGGAGGGGGGGCAGAGAAGAAAGAAACACAAAUGCUGGAAGCUGCGCAGAACAACAACUCAAGCAUCCUCAAUGGAGGAGGUGGAUUCUCUCAGCUUCAGAGUUGCUUCGCCGAUUGCAGUAGCGAAGAGGAAUUGUCUGUCUUACCUCGUCAUACCAAAGUUGUCGUUACCGGAAACAACCGUACCAAAUCUGUCCUCGUCGGUCUUCAAGGCGUCGUUAAAAAAGCCGUCGGACUCGGUGGUUGGCACUGGCUGGUUUUGACUAAUGGAAUUGAAGUGAAGUUGCAGAGGAAUGCGCUUAGUGUCCUUGAACAUCCUACAGGGAACGAAGUAGACAGUGAUCUUGAAGUCGCGCAUACUCAGUGGAACAAUCCCUCUGAUAUGACAACCGAGGACACUUUGAAGCCUCAUAAGUCGAAGCAGAGAGGACACAGAUCAUCGCGGUUAUCUCAAAAGGCAAUCGGCAGGGCCUUUUCUUGUGACUCACACUCAAAAAACUCGAGCUUAACACAUCGUGGGAACAUGAAGGUUGAUCUUUCGAAACUGGAUAUGCCUGCAUUACUGAGAUAUUGGCGACAUUAUAACCUCGUGGAUGCUCUUCCUAAUCCAACAAAGGAGCAACUGACUGACAUUGUUCAGAGACACUUCAUGGCUCAGCAAAUGGAUGAGCUUCAGGUAAUUGUGGGAUUUGUUCAGGCAGCAACAGGAAUGAAGAAGGCUAGCAGGUGGAAACCAAAAGAACCCAGAAACAAUGAUCUUUAACUGCAUCAGCUAUACAUCUCCUUUAAUAGGCUAACCAAAAUCUGUCAGAAUCUGCGCGGGUCACAUGUUUUAACCUUUCCGCGGCUUAUAAGUUUCAAGUAUAGUAGCUUAGCUCUGUCUAUUGGGUAAACACUAGUUGUCAUUGCUCCCUCCAUGUAAGUAAAGUCCAUCAAGAACCAAUGACCUGAAUCAAAGAAAUCUUCUAAUAUCUAA